AUGUCGUUCCCGAGACCGUUGCACCGGCUGCGUCUGGCCGGGCGUUGUAGUCUUUUUUUUUCGAGCCGUGGUAUUGAAAAUCCGCUAAAAGCCGACGUUUCGUUGUGUUCAGUAUAUAAUAUUGUAAAGAGAAAGAAAGCAAAAACUAAAAUACCGAAAAAAAUAUGGUUCCUUGGUCAGCGUAUUAUGAUUUUACUAUUAUUCGAGACGUUCCGAAUGCGCGACUGUAUUAUACAUUAUGUGAUGCGACAAGAUUAUAAUUCUUGCAGACGUCGCCGUCGUCGUCACCAUUGA